UUUUUGUUUGGUCACAUGACUAGACAGCAACACUUCAAAAUGGCGAACUGACAGAUGUACACAAAUAAAUUUAAAAUUUGUCCUUUGUGCAAUCUUUCGUAUUAAGUUGAAAACAAUGCAGUGAAGAUGGUGUACAAACGUUCAGAAUAUGGACACCAGUUCAAGGUGUCAAGUCUUGUGAAGAACCUGCCAGUGUACAAAGAACAUUUGAAUUACCGACAUCUCCGUAGGGAAAGAGAAUGCGCUCAUACACCUCUCUCAUGGGAUGGAGAAACCAUUGACUCUUCGGAAAGUGAUGAAAAACUCAACCCAGAUGAAGAAAUAGAAAAACUGCCUAUCUCUGAACUUGUGAUAAAUGAAGAAGAGGAAGGUGAUAUAGAAAUAGAAAAAGAUGGAAUGAAAGAAGAACAAGCAGAAGAUCUGGAAGAUGAUAUAGACAGAGAGAAAAGAAUUGCUCAGGCAGAGGAUGGGAGUAAGCAGGUUAAAGAGACAGAGGAUGAUGUUGUGGUUGUAAAACAGAGUGAGGCACUGAGAAAAUCAGCAAAGGAAAAAUUGAAUAAAUAUGUCAGCAAUGUGAAUAAAGACCAGUCAAGUACAUCUAAACCAGCAGGAGAGAAGAAAGCUUUAGGCAAGACGUUUCUUAAACCAAAACAAGCAGACCACAAAGUUUUUGUGAAACGAUCAAAACCUCUUCGUCCUGACAGACAGGGUAAGGUACCAAGGGCUCGUCCGCAGUCAGCACCUAGUGCCAGACCAUUAGCCCAGGGUGUGGAGACUAAAAAGCCAUUCUACAACUAUGGGGCUGGUACUGAUAAUACAUGUACUGGCAACAAAAAGACAUUUAAUGUCAGAGCUUCUUCUGCUGUCUAUCCUGCUGCUCUGAGAGCCAAGAAACGCAACCUCCUGCUCAUAGAAAAGCAGCUUGAGCGACAAAAAACUGCCUCGGCACGUGAAAAGCGUAGAAAGGCCAAAUUUAAUGAAAGAAUGAUAAGAGAGACUGCUCACUGGGAAACAGAAUAUCACAGAUGUUACCCUGCCUAUGAUAAUACAGAAUACGCCACUUCUGAAAGAGAUCCAAGAAAAAGAAAAAGCUUCUUCUUGACAUGAUCUGUUUCAUUUUGUAUGCUUGAUUUUAUAUAUGUAGAUUAGCUUUUAUGAUAGAUACAGUUGGUUGAGUUUUGAUGCUACCUAUUUUUAAGUUUGCAGCUAACUUUUAAACCAAAUUAGUAUUAUUUUGGGUAGAAAAUCGACAGUUGCUUUAAUGAAAGAUACUUGCCAGAAUUUAAGUUUGUUAGGCAUAUCAGUUGUAAAAUACACACCUGGUGUGUAAGUUUGUAGAUAUAAUGAUAACAUAAUUUUAAGACCCUAGUAGAAAGUAGUGUUGGUUUUCAAGAAUUUGAACUUAAAAGAAUCUCAGUUGUUUUAAAAACAAAACAAAAAAAACAACAUUUUAUUGAAAGGCAUGAAAUGCUUCCAAGUGUUCCAAUUUGUUAUUUACAUAUUAACUAUGAGCAGAAGCACAGAUGAAUAAACUGAAAGUUAACAUAACUGGUAAAAUAAAUUUAUAGUAUAAAGUAAUUUAUGACAGCUUUCUGUGCAGCAUAACCUGUACUAUGUUGGUGCGCCAUAAAACCCAAAUAAAUAAAUAAAUAAAUAAAUAAAUUCUGUGCAGCACUUGCGGUAAAAAGAACUCCAUGCAGGAAAUGCUUUUUCUCGGAAAAUGACGCCUGUCUGCAUCUCAACUACCAUGUUGGACAGGGAUAUUUUGUGAUGUAAUGUUAUGUUAGCACUGCCAACUUGUAUAAUCAUGUUUAUUUAAAUUGCCUCACAAAUAAAUACACAUUGUGAUAAUGUUUUGGAAAAAUAAAAUCUGUGUAUGUCUGAAAAAUAAAAAGAUAUACCAUAAAUUUCAUUUUUGCAGCUUUGCAGUUCAAUUUGUUGUUCAUUACACUAUAAUCUUUUUCAAGAAAUAGAAAGGUUACACUCAAUAAGUGUUGGAGGUUUCAAAAAUUAGUACAGUUUUCACACAGCUGUACACGUUUAAAAUGUACUUGCAAAUUCUAAAGAUGAGGUCUUAAACAUGUAGAUUGUCAUAUAGCAAGCAACUCUGUUACUUUUAUCAGACAAUUUUAGAACACACAAUACAAACCCUGGUAUAAUGUUCUCAUUUAAUAUAAGCAAGCGCUACUGUUUUUGUGGUUUAAAUACACGGGGAGCUUCUUGCCCCAUUAACCUUUACCCUGUUAAGUUUCUAAAUUGGACUGGUCCAUCAGUUUGGGCAGUACCACUUACUAUUCAAAAGGGUGUUUACUGAAAAUUUACUGACUGAAUAGCGAACAGUGCAGACCAUGAUCAGCCUGCAAGGAUGUGCAGGCUGAUCUUGGUCUGCACUGGUCGCAAAGGCAAAAUCACUUGCCGCCAGCAGGCUAAAGGUUAAGAAAACCUGACUUAGGUCAAGCAGCACUGUUUGAAAGAUUAUGAUUGUUAGAAUUUUUAAAGUAGAUUUUGAAAAGUGCAAAAUAUGUUUUGCUAGUCUUUAAAAACUGUGAUACAGUGUUGAGAUUUUUUUUCUGUUUUGUUUCAUCUUUUAACUGAUAAGUCAGCUUACACUACAGGUGGUAAGACAUUGUUCUAGAUACUGUUGUUAAGAGAUUUCUUUUAAGUUGUAAACAUUUUUCAUCGAGUUUCUGGGAUUUUAUUUUUAGAAAACAAUAAAUCUUAAAGUUAUUUUACUUUGUAUGUCUUCAAAAUAAUCUCUGUAAUAGAAUAUUCACUACAAUACUCUUUAUAUUUUCACAGACAAUUAUCAUACAUUUAUAGCAAAGAAUCAAUGUUAACGUCAGGUCUUGAACCUUUUCUUACAAACUAUGCACAGCAAGCUUUAGGAUAAACUAAAUUUACCAGUUAUAAAUUAAUUGUUUUAAGGGCACUGGCCUCCAGAUCGUACAACAAAAAAAGAGAAAAAUUUAAGGUAUCAGGAAACUAAUGCUAUAUUUCUUAAGAAAGCUUUAAAACUUAAUUACCGACAGACUAUAGAUUAUGGAAACGCAUGAGAUUUAGUUGUUUUUACUAAUUUUUACACAGAAAAUUGAAAAGCGUAUGUAACGCUUUACUCAAGGUAAACUGCCUUAAUUAUAAGUAUCCUUAUUUAACAUGACUGAAACACAUAUUCCUCUAUAGCGGUUUUGGUAGAGAAGGGGGAAAGUUUUUAUUGCUGCUGCGGUCUGGGUUCAAUUCACGAUAUGGGCAUCUUUUUUUCUCGAGUUUGCAUUUUUUAGAUAGUUUAUAAACAAUAACUCAUUUUGAAAUGUUCAUAAUUUGUCAAAACUUCAAUUCUAAAGAAAGAUUAUUUUUGCCAAAAUCUGGAGGCCAUUGCCUUUAAGAUACAUUAUGUAGUGAUAAAUAACCCAAGGGAAAUAUUUUUUUAAUUCAUAUGGAUGUAAAUAUGAAUAUUGAUAUUGAAUGCUAAAAAAUGUGUUGCUUAAAAUCAUAGCAAAUAUAGUAGAUGUUUUGGAACCUAGAGCUUAGUGUUUUAAUGUUUGAUGCAUUAUGUACUCGUAUUUUCAAGAUAGAAGACUCAUAUACAUUGAUAUUUAUGAAUAAACAUAUACACAUGGC